GAAUGCCUGACCGGGACUAGGAGGGGAGGGGGUGGCAAGUUUUCUGUAUGUGGGAGUAAUAUGCGGGUGUUUUUGUGCGCGAUUAUGAGUGCAUGGAUAAGAUCGAGAUUACAUCGAAUAAAGUGAUAAAUAACAUCAGCUGGAUCUACACAUCAAUUUUUUGAGCUCCUGUGGUGUCGUCAGGCAAUUCAAGAUUUUCACUAUUCUACCUAAAUAUUUAGUAAACCAAAAUAAGUACAGACUCGAAUACACUUCAUACUACUAUGGAUACUAUUAUGGAUGUAGAUACUAAUAAUAUUGUACAUUUGAAUCCAUAUGAUGCUACUAUGGACCCGAGUAUAUACUUGGAUGAAGACAUAGACUCUUCUGAUUUUAUGGAUAUUUCGGAUUCUGAUGGAGAUUUUGACAUCUGUGACUCUGAUGAGGAUUGGGACCUGGAUAUUUCUCAUACUAAUAUGGACUUGAAUGUUUCUGUUCCUGAUGUGAAUAUGAAUACUUUUGAUUCUGGCGUAGACCAAGAUACUAGUAUACAUCUGGGUACAUCUGAUACUCCUGUGCAUCAGUAUACAUCUUAUAACAGUAAGUACAUUAAAUAUUCGAUAUUUUGUAAGAAAUAUUUGCCUAUUGUCAAAAAUAGGAAAUGUCCCACUUGCUCACAGACCCAAUUGCAUACCACCAACCGGUGUUCUGCUUUAUCUAGUGAAUUACUAAUUCACUAG